AUGUCAAUAGUUAGGUCCUCUAUAGAGCGGAAUAGUGCCAGGAAGAUGCUCAAAGACCCUCCCAAAUUAUUACUUGGUGAUGUUUUGAUCAAGGUGUCCCAGUGCUAUCAGCAACCUGGGCUAGUGCUGUGCACUAAAUGUGCCAGGGAGUUAAAGAGGUGUAGCUUCCAGCCUAGGUGGAUGCCAAUGGAGAAGGGGAAGGGGAAGUCAAAGGAGCAGCCAGUGCCAAAGUUGGAGGAGAGGGAGUGUCCCUUAAAGUGUUGUAAGAUAGAGGUAGUUGUCCCUGUGCAGUCAGUUAGGGAUAGCAUUGCCCAAAUAAAAGGUAUUGUGUCUGAGCUUUGGUACUAUAUUGCAGUGGCUGAGAGUACACGUGCUUCACUGGCAUGCUUGGUCAUGAUGUGGCAGGCUGAGCUAGAGUCACUUAAGGACUCAUCAGAGGCAGAAGAUUUGGGAAUGUUGGUGUCAGAUGACUUUCUUCCUAAUGAGUAG